AUGUCAGCUGACGCUCUUUUCGAAGCACACCUCACCAAGGAGGACUUUGCCGGUUAUGAGGAUGCCGACAAGUUCAAAGAGUAUAUCCCCAAGUUGGAGGCCUACAGAAAGAGAUUAGCAGAUGCGGUCCCAGCAGAAAUCACGGCCACUUUACCCAAAGCCGUGGAGGAAUUACAAAAGGAGCAAUUCAACGCGGUGGACUAUCUAUACAAGGAAAAAUUACUCACGCCUCAAGAGUUUGAAUACACAGAUGCACCAGUCAAGACCUUGUUAGCCAAGAUUGCCUCUGGGGAAUGGACCGCAGUCGACACCUACAAGGCAUUUGCCAAGCGUGCCCUUUUGGCCCACGCUUUCACAAACUGUGCUAUGGAGUUUAUGCUCGAUGACGGUUUGCAAAAAGCCGAGGAAUUAGACGCAUACUACAAGGAACACGGCAAAACCGUGGGCCCAUUACACGGGCUCCCCGUUUCCCUUAAAGAGCACAUCAACUACAAGGGCCACAUCACCCAUGCCAGUUUUGUUUCCAACAUCGACAACAUUGCCGAAGAAAGCUCCGUUAGUGUUCAACUCUUGGGUAAAUUGGGAGCUAUCUUUUACGUUAGAACCAACCAACCUCAAACUCUUAUGCAUUUGGACUCGCAAAACAACUAUACCGGUUUGACUAAAUGUCCUUACAACUUGUUAUUAUCGAGUGGUGGUUCCUCUUCUGGUGAAGGCGCCAUUUGCGCUUAUGGUGGUAGCGUUGUUGGCAUCGGCUCGGAUAUCGGCGGCUCAAUUAGAGCACCAGCUGCUUACUCGGGAUGCCAUGGGUUGAGACCAACUACAAAGAGAAUCUCGUUGUUGGGUGGUGUUUCUGCUCUUGGAGGACAAGAAUCCGUCCCCGCCGUUGCUGGGCCCAUGGCUAGAUCAAUUGACGCCAUCGAGCUUUGGAUGAAACACUACAUCAACGAUGGUAAGCCUUGGGACUACGAUCCCUGGGCCAACAGAAUCCCUUGGAGAGAGGUUGAAGUGCCAAAAGCCGAGGAUCUCACCAUUGCCGUGAUUAGAGACGACGGAUUGGUGAGAGUCUCGCCUCCAAUUAGACGUGGGUUGGACCAAGUUGUCGAGAAAUUGAAAGCAGCCGGCGUCAAGAUCCUUGAGUUUACGCCCCCAAAAACCGAUGUUGCUUACCAAACUAUCAACAAGAUGUACAACUGUGAUGGUAACUACAUGCAAGGUAGCUAUUUGAAGAAAAGUGGUGAGCCCUUGGCCAAGUUGACCAAGUGGAACUUGAACUAUGGUGAUGGCGCCAAGAUGUACAAUGUCGCCGAGAACAGACAGUUGAACAUGACGAGAGACAAUUUGAGAAACGAAUAUAACGACUACUUUGUGGCCAACAAUGUGGAUUUCGUCUUGUCGCCAGCUUACAACAACGUUGCCCCUCACUCUGAAGAAGUCUACAACUGGUCCUACACUGCAUUGUGGAACAUUUUGGACUUUCCAACCAUGUCUUUCCAAACUGGGUUGAAACAAGACCCCGAGUUGGACGUCUGGACCGAGGAGGACAAGAACUACACCUACAGAUCUGACUUGGAGCAGUUGGAGAACGAAAACUACAAGCCUGAUGAGUUUAAAGGCGCACCUAUUGCCUUGCAGUUGACUGGUAGAAGAUACUUUGACGAAGAGGUUGUUGCUGCUAGUAAGCUUAUAGUUGACGACAUCUUGAAGGUGGAUUUGCUCAAGAACUAG